GCGUAAUGCCCCAAAGCAGCUAGGGAAAAGACUAAUGCGCCACAAGUGUUCUGCCAGAACAGUCUUCAUCUCUCCAGGAUACUGCACCAUCAGAGGGCUCUUACCCUCAGAGCUCCACAGUUAAGAAAAUGCACAUCGAUCACAAUUCAUCAGACCACAAUGAAACAUCAUGGUUUUAUGACUGUAACCUUGACUUGGACCAUGACUCUCGGCGCAUUUGGCUCUUCCUGCUCUACCUGUUCCUGUUCAUGGUGGGUUUGGUCGAGAACUGCCUGGUGAUUUGGGUAAACUGGCGCAGGCGACACUCAGCCAGCGGUGUGCUCUUCUGUGUUAUCAACAUCAGCCUGUCUGACCUGAUGGUGGUUUUCACUUUGCCAUUCUUCAUGCUGGAGAUAGCAAUGGACAGAGUUUGGGUUUGGGGUCGAUUCCUCUGCAAGGUGACGCACUUCAUCUAUAUCAUCAACUUCUACAGCAGUUCCUUCUUCCUGGCCUUCAUGACUCUCGAGAGGUACCUUACCGUAACGCGGCCAAACACGCCCGCAUGUUUCCCGCUGCAGCCCAGGCACCGGCGAUGGCUGCUGUGUGCCGGAGUGUGGCUUCUGUCCCUGGUGUUGGGGCUGCUAGAAAAUGUACACGUAGACCUGCUUGGGUGGCAUGAACCUGGCUGCUAUAUGAUUCCUGAGAAAGAUCACAUCGAAUGGUUCGUCUCACUUAGUUUCCUCUGCUUUAUCUUCCAGUUUUUGGGGCCUGCAUCUGUCAUCAUCACAUGUAAUAUACUGAUUGCGCGGUCUGUUCGCGCCUCUCCGGACGUGGAAAAUCGUAGGGAUCUUUGGCUCUUGCAUGUGUAUUCACUGGUCUUUGUGGCCUGUUGGCUUCCCUACCACUUUGUGAUGCUCCUAUUAAUGGUGGAUGACCUGGAUCCAAGCUUGAUGUCCUGCGACACUAUAGAUACUCUGUUCUUCUCCUUUGGUAUUGUACAGUGUAUCUCAUUGUUUCAUUGCAUUGCCAACCCCAUUCUCUAUAACUUCCUCAGCAAGAGCUUUCGUGCCAACCUCUUUAACGAUAUUCUUUCACGUAUUUCCUCACUACCUGCCAACACUGUGGCCAAUGCAGCUGACGGUGCAGGGACAGUACCACGAAAGGAGCGAAAGUUCAGCAAUGCCAGCACCAGCCAAUCAGAGAUAGGAUCCUAAGAUCCAAUACAUCACAAUAAGUUUUCCUGAGAGAUAUGAGUAAGCAGCAUAAUGUCUGUGCUGCUAUAAAGAAAUAUUUUUCAGUUCCAUUCAAAAUAUGUGUCCUAGCAUUAACACCCCUGUGUAAAUAAAGAGACCAUUUAAGAACAAUUAUUCUGAUUAUAUUCUAAAUUUAAAGGGUUCGGAGAUCAUGCAUUAUUCCAAAAAAUUCAUGCGCAUUGGGCAAUAUCCUUUGAGAACGAACCUUUUUUAAGCAGUGAAGCACAACAGAGUCAAAAGUGCAUGUAAAGAAACAUCUUUAGGAGUUCCUGUCAUUAGGUUUAGAAGAGGAAGGAAACUCCCUACAUCGCACUCCCACAGGAAGUUGCUGUGUAAUCACACAUUUGAAGAGGAUGAUAACUGUACACUAAAGAAAAAAAUAACUUGGCUUUAGUCUGCUUUAAAAAAAAAUACCCAAUACCUUAUAUUCAAAUGUUCAAACAGAGCUUUUUUUAUGGAAUAAACGUUCCUUUCGAAACAUGUAAAA